AUGACUAAUCCUGAUCCAAAUGCUAGUACAUCUCAGACUUUGAUAAGUAAGUUAGAUGUUGGAGAUCCAUUGUAUCUUCAUCCUAAUGAUUCUAGUGCUUUGACUAGUGUUAGUGUUAAGUUAAAGGGUACUGAAAAUUAUUCUGUAUGGUCUACUUCUAUGAAAUUGGCUUUAGAAGCCAAGAAUAAAUUUGGUUUUGUUAAUGGAAAAUGUGAAAGGUCCACUGAGGAUCAAGUGCUUGCUAGUCAGUGGGAUAGGUGUAACUUUGUGGUGUUAACUUGGCUUUUGAAUUCUGUAUCUGAAGAAUUGUUUUUAGGUCAAGUUUUUUCUACACUUGCUUCAGAGGUUUGGGAGGAUUUAAAAGAAACCUAUGACAAGAUAGAUGGUUCUGUGGUUUAUGAUUUAUAUAAAAAAAUAAAUUGUAUCUCUCAAAAUGGUUCAACUGUGGCUGACUAUUAUAAUAGACUAACCACUAUGUGGAAACAGUUUCAUGCUAUGCUCAAACUGUCCACAUGUUCUUGUAAGCCAGCUAGAGACUAUAAUGAUUUUUCAAUGUUAAUCAAGUUAAUGCAGUUUUUUAUGGGAUUAGGUGAUGUUUAUCAACCAGUAAGAACAAAUAUGUUAACCAGAGAAGUAUUUCCAUCUGUCAAGGUUGCUUUUUCUGUGGUUUCUAGGGAGGAAUCACAUAGGAUGUCUAGUAGUGGGUCAAAAGGUCAGAAUGUAUCUUUUGUGUCUAAGUCAAAUCAGUCUUUUGAGUCUAAAAAGAAAGCACCUAAUCAAAGAGGACCUAAUCCUAGUUUAAAAUGUACACAGUACAAUAUGAUAGGUCACACUGUUGAUAGAUGUUUUGAGUUAAUUGGUUAUCCUCCAAAUUUUAAAAGAAGAUCUAAUACUAUAUCUGGUAAAACUACAUUAACUGGUAAGUCAAAUGCUACUGUUGGGUCUUCUGCUAGUACGUCUACUUCUGGUUUGCCUUUUACAUCUGAGCAGAUAGCAAAGUUGUUAAGUUUAGUUGGUGAAAAAUCUGCUAAUGUGUCUACUUCUGAUGUGGAAUCAACAAGUGUAGGAGGUGAGUCCUAUACUGUUAAUAAUUGUGUUAGUUGUUCUAGUUCUAUGUUCUUUGGAGGUGUUUUUAGUUGGAUUGUUGACUCUGGGGCAAGUCAAUACAUGGUGAAUAGUGAUAAAGACAUGUUUAAUAUAGUUGAUGUUUCUGAAUUUGAUCUUAAAGAUUCCAAAUCAAGGAAAAUCCUAGUGACUGGUAGUCAAGAUAGUGGUCUAUAUUUUGUAGGUAAAGAUGGUAAUUCUGUGAAUGUUUGCUAUAAUAGCUUUGUUAAAUCUAGUUUGUGGCAUAGCAAAUUAGGUCAUCCAUCUGAUCAAGUUCUAACUGUGUUAAAAGAGAGUUUUGAUGUUAAAAGUAUUGAACAUGGACCUUGUGAUGUUUGCCAUAGGGCUAAACAAGUUAGGGUUCCUUUUCCUCUAAGUGAGCAUAAAACAAAAGCUGUAGGAGAGCUAAUUUAUCUAGAUUUAUGGGGUCCAUACAAAUUUGAGAAAAAGAUAAAAAUUAUUAGAAGUGAUAAUGGAACCGACUUUGUAAAUAAUCAAAUGGGUCUGUUUUGUAAAAACAAAGUUCCAACAGUUCCCGAUGAUGAAGAGGGUACAAUUGGUGCUCAAGAUCACUACAGUAAUGAUCAGCAGCCAGUGUCACCCACUACAUCUGCCACUGCCCAAAAUGUUGAGAAUGAUCAACCUGAAAGUGGGCAGUUAGGUAGUAGUAACUCGGGUAACAAUGGCGGGGCAGAGGUCACUGUAGGAUCACAUGAUGAGACCAACCUAUCUGAGGGAUAG